CAAACAUCUUUGGGGUUUUGCGUGAGCAAGUUGAUUGCAUUCAAAUGCUGUAACUUCGAACAAAGUUAGACAACUAUAGGACAUUUCACCAAAGCUGAAAGAUAGAGGAACAGUCAUACAUACCGUAGAUGGCCUUUGGGUGAAAAUGCGCCGAAAUCCAACCGAAUCAUUUAAUAUUCCAGAAGAUUUAUUCGACCAUUUCGAUUGACUGUAGUAGAACGUCAUUGUUUACGCCGUGUCUUCGGCCGCGAUUAGAUCUUUCUUGGAGUGUAUUCAAGGAAAUAUUUGCGCUAAUAGUACGCCUAGAUCAUGGAUAAAUUUGUAAUUGUUGGAGGAUUUUUUAUGUUUUGCGGCCGAUGUCUUCGCCAUAGCGUCAUUGGCAACUCCUGAGUGGGUAGUGAUGGAGUUUGCGGGUAAGUCGCAAUACAUUUGAUUAAAACCUGAAUUUAUUGUAAAGCGGUGAUUAUGGGGUUGGAGAUCUAUUUGCAGAGAGAUUUCGUUUAAUUUACGUACAAAGUUACGACGUUAAUUUCCGAAUUGAUACCUUUGCGAAAAAAGGAAAAUCUGCCUAGUAACCGUAUAUUGAGGAAAGAAACCUUUGCAAGCUAAGUGGGUUGGUAUGUAUUGUGAGCGUAGAGAAGUACAACAGGAAACGUGUCGACAGCGUGUGAAACUAGAUAUAGUGUGUGGAAAGAGAAAUCAACGGACAAAACAAUUUAGAAAAUACGUAGCUGUAGUUUUUAUGCUCAAGACCUGGAGAUUCUUUUCUCGCAAAUAAUUGUAUGUGACCAUUUGAAUCAAAUUCACUUCAACUGUCAUGUUUAAUAUGAAGCUAUUCUUGGGAGUUUACCAUUAAAAUGCCAAUAGGAUUAAAAUUGCCUUGUACAGACAAGGCUGGCAUAAUUUGAUACUGAAUUGUAGAAAAUUAAUGUUUGUGUUAAUUUAAUUAAAUAUUUGAAAUUAAAACAAUGCAGAUUGAAGGGAAAAAAAAACUGAAGUUUGAAUAUGAGAGACAUUGAGGACCAGUCAUUUACACAAGGUCUCACCUCAACCAUGGUUUUACGCAAUCAGUGGGCCUCAAGCUUUCUCUCUAAGAGGCGUUGAUUUAAUUAAAUAAAUGUCCUUCUGCUAUUAGCUUUCAGCCAACUUACUAUUCACUUAUUUUAGAUGAAUAAAUGUUCAGAUAAAAGUUUCUGCUAAAUUUAGGAUUGUGUAGGAUGCAGUUUUGUGAAACAAUGGCUAAACUUUCUUCAAAUGACCAACCCUUACUAUGUUCUUUUUUAGCAAUAGACUUUCUGUUGGUUUACUGGCCUAAUUACCCAUGUGGGAUGUUGGGAGAAUACUAGAAAACUUUGUUAUCACAAGCCAAAGGCAGUCAAUAUAUACAAAGUUUUGGAGUGUUUUCCCAACUUUCCAAGUGGUUAUUAUACUAGCCAAAUUGAUUGAAAGAAAACGCGGCACAUUUUAAUAUUGUAUAUGUUUACCUGUGCAAUUAUGGCGCUUAUUAAUAUAUAUUAGCAUUUUUCUUUAUCACUUUUAACCCUUUAACUCCCAAGAUCUUAUCGUUAAUUCUCCCCUCUAGCUGCUACACAUUUCCUUGUAAAUUAGUUAUGAGAAUUUGGUGUUAGAUCGAGGUAACAACUUCUAACCAAGACAUUUGAGUAUUCUCAUUGCCUGUUUGCUGGGUAGUGCAUGGAUAUUGUAGGGGGGGAAAGUUACUUGUUAAUCACUUAAUGGGAGGUAAAGGGUUAGGAUCUUCCAACAUAAAAAUACUUAAUGCAAACUCUUGUUUAAAAGAGUUGGUGUUUGCUUUGGUUCAUCGCUGGGUUUCAAAAAAAAAAAAAAAGCAAUAUAGAAUUGAUUGUUCUAUUUUCAGAAUAUGUUCUAAAUCUUCAAUCUUCUCUUUUGUUCCAAUAAGGUUCUGUUAGACUGGGGUUGACUGUCAUGUGUCAGAAAUCAGAGGGGCAACCAGAGGUGUGUGUUACCCCUGAUUUACCCCAAGAGUGGCUGGCUACUCUAUUGUUUAUGAUUUUGGGUGUGGUAGCUCUGACACUCACUUGCUUUUUGCUACUGGUGUCUCCCUGGAAACCUUCCAUUGUGGAUGCAGCCAAGUGGAUUGUUUUUCUUGGAAGUAAGUAUUAAAGAUUUGAAGAUUGCAACAUGAAUUUCUGAACUUUGUUGGUACAUGCCAGAAGUUGAAGAAUAAUCUUUGAUUUGACAAGUUAAGUUUCAUUUUGCUUGUAUGUAUGCCAAGGUACAAAUGACUGGAAGAGUUUUUUUUUUUAAAUUGGUUGAUCUUUUUACCCCUGUGAACGUAUUUUCUUCAAAUGAUUAUAACAAACUUCUCCAUUUGCUCUUGUUAAUUUACCCUACUGCUACUCAUCAUUCAUAGUAAAAGGUACCAGUCUGUUAUAGUUUAUUUGCCACUUGUGCAGUAGAAAUAUUACAGACUGUCAUGAUGUGUAUUUACCCUUUACACUCUAACAUCAGUAUGUAAGUUCUCCAUACUGUUCUCUUUACAUUUCCUGUGCUUCUCAUAAGGAGAAUUUGUUUAACAAUCAGGAGCUUCUUGAGCUUGCAAUCAUUUCCUCAAUUCUCAUGAACUUAAUGUUUGAUUCAAGGGUGAUACUGUUGGGAGAAAUUAGAUGCAUAAUGUUAGAAAAUUUUGCAUUAACAUGUUCCUUUUCAUUUUGUAGUGAUAGUGUUCUGUCUGGCAGCCCUCACAUUCCCAAUGGGAUUUCAAAUGCCAGAGAUUGGUGGAAAACCAUACAAGUUACCGCAAGGAACACACGUUGGACCUUCAUUUUUUCUUUAUAUAUUUUGUAUAGUUUUCACAAUUGCUUCUGAACUUUUUAUAUUCAAAGUUUGUCCACUCUUGCUUAGGUAAUGAAGAAAAAAUAUUACAUUUUGGGUGAGAAAAAUGCCAACAAAUUGCUCAACAAUACACAAUAUUGGAGUAAAAGAGGCCAUACAUUUAAAGAGAUUAAGGAUAACUGCACAUGUCUAUCUGUUGUUAUUCUGCACUUUUGCCUUUAAAAGUAAUUUUUUUUUAAAAUAAAUUUACUUUAACAAUUUAGAUAAGACAGGCUUUCUUAAUCCUUUAACUCCCAGGAUCUGAUUGUUAAUUCUCUCCUCUAGCUGCUGCAAUUUUCUUUGUAAAUUAUUUAUAUGAAUUUGAUGUAAGAUCAAGAUGACAAUAUCUACCUGCUAAGCUUGAGUAUUCUCAGUAUCUGUUUGCUGGAUAAUUUAUGGACAUUAUUGAGAGAAGUUACUGGUACAUGUUUAUGACCUCCGGGAGUUAAAGGGUUCACUUAUAAAACUCUUGAGUAGUGCUGAUAAGUUUGAGUAUUCUCAUCACCUGUUUGCUGGAUCGUGUAUGGAUAUUAUAUGGAGAAGUUACAUGUUAAUCACCUCUGGGAGUUAAAGUGUGAAAACUUUUCAGUAGUGCUGAAGUAUAAGGCCAUCUCAGGAAAAUGUCGGUGUUGUUUCUGAUGAAUUUUCAAAACAAAAGUUGAACCUUACAGGGCAACACAGAUAGUCACCCAGUAUGUCUGAACAUGCAAAAAACAUUCUUCAAUUUUAUUUUUAGAGUAUUAUUUAUUUAAUUUUGCCAAAUUCACUGUCGACUUACUUUUACUUAACAGCUGGAAAGAAACACAGUAGCAACAAGUAAAUGAACCUCAUGCUCUGUUUAGUGAUAGUAAAUGAAACAAAAGUUUCACUAUUACUAGUCCAAGAACAUCUAGAUGUACAUUGAACUCAACUAUGAAUGUAAAGUUUUCACAGCUGGUACUGUCUUGAGAGGUUAGCAUACAUAGUUCUAAUUUUAGAUUUUCAGGGAAACUCCUAUUAAGGAAGCAACCAUGGAAACCUUGUUACGUUAAACUGUGUAAUAGUAAGAGUGAGAAUGUUUCAGUUUGGUUUGGCAUCAACCAUACUUAUCAACAGCUCAAUGUGUCUGCUGGAUGUAGCCUUGUUUAGACAAAAUGGCUAGUGUGUCCUUUUUAUUACAUCCAUCUUGAAAUCAUUGCAAUUCCUUGCAAUCUGAUUGGCUCUCAUCAGAUUUAUUCACAAAUAGCACCAUUUUUUGCUCUUAAUCAAAUGACAUCUUUUCCCCAGCCAAUGAGAAAGCUUCACUAAAACUCAAGAACCAAACACAUUUCAAUGCUUUUUCAAGGUAACCACUCAAAUUGCAGGAAAAUGAAAUACAACUUUAACAACAUUUUACAAACCAAUUCAGUACUGGAUCAGUAUCAUUUGUAAGGAGAAAAAAGUUCUAUAUUUUAGCCACUGAAUUUUCCUAUCUCAAAUUGGAUGUAAUAAAGAAGUAAUUGAACUUUGUGUUGUGUAAGUUUGGUCUGAAAUCGCACUUGUGAUUUCAAAUAAAACUUGUGCUGCUUGCUUGUUUGAUAUUGAAUUUGCCCUCUACUCAGUUUAAUUACCAUUAUAUACAGGGUGUUUCCUUAAUUUGAGGUUCCCUUUAUACAAGUUUCAUUGUGUUGUACAUGCAUGUGAUCCUAUGAAGGGAAGCUAUUAUUUACAUUGAAAAGUAUUUAUCUUAUGCAUGGGCUUUUGAAUCUAGGUAUUGUAACUUUGUACAUAGUGUUACUAAUUUUAAUGAGAUUGUGUCACGUGCAAAACAUUUUCUUACUUUUACAACACUUCAGUUCAAACUUUAGAUGAAGUGCAUCUGCAAUGUGACAUAACCUUGCAGGGAAGGGUUGUUUUCAGUUUAAUUCUUCUACCUAAGAAUUGAAAGUUUUCUGAUAAAGUGAAAUUGCAUUAAUGUCACCCAUGCAGUUAAUGUCACCCAUUUAUGGAAAAAAGUCAGUUUUCCUUUCAAGCCACAUUUAAGCCAACCAAGAGGAUAUUGAAAGUUGGUGGGCAAUCAGGUAUAUCAGCCUGUCCAAGUUAUCUUUGUGUAUAUUUUUUCUUUAUUUAUAGGGAGACUUUUAACUGUAGAUUUCAAUUAAAUUGUGUUUAUAAUAGAAAGUUGUGUGGCAUUGUAUACCUGGUUAUACUUUCAAAUGAAACACAGGCUAGUAAAAGCAAAUAUGGUAAAAAUAUUAGAACUGGUGGUAAACCAGAAAUCUUGAGAUGAGUUUAAAAUAAAGCUGUCCCUAAUUUUUUAAACAAUCUCCCA